AUGAACACAAGAGAAGAUAAUAUUUACUACGCUAGACUUGCUGAAUAAGGAGAGAGAUAUGAAGAUAUGAUCAAAUAUAUGAAAGAAGUCUCAAAUAGUGGACAAGAGCUCUCAAAUGAAGAACGCAAUCUUUUAUCAGUCGCAUAUAAGAACUCUGUUGGAUCACGAAGAGCUGCAUGGAGAACUAUUUCUGCCAUUCAACAAAAAGAAGAAUACAGGGGUUCAAGAUUUGUAGAUCUUAUUAAGGGAUAUAGACAAAAAAUUGAGAAGGAGCUAGAAGACAUUUGUAAUGAUGUGCUUAAGCUUCUCGAUAACCCACUUAUUCCAAACUCCAAAAACCCAGAGGCUAAGGUCUUCUACUACAAAAUGAAGGGAGAUUACUAUAGAUAUCUUGGAGAAUUCCUUUCAGCUGAGAAGCGUAAGGUUGUUAUCUAAUAGGCCUAAGAAUCAUAUAAGGUUGCUACAACAGAGGCAGAAUAACUGAAGAGUACUCAUCCAAUCAGACUAGGUCUUGCCCUUAACUACUCAGUGUUCUACUAUGAGAUCUUGAAUUCCCCAGAUAUUGCCUGCAAAUUGGCUAAGGGUGCUUUUGAUAAUGCCAUUGCUGACCUUGAUGGUCUCGAGGAAGAUGAGUACAGAGAUUCAGCUACUAUCAUGCAAUUACUUAGAGAUAACCUCACAUUGUGGACUAGUGACUUAGCUGAUGCUGCCAAAGAUGGAGAUGACCAAAGAAAUGAUUGA